AAACAACAUUCAUUGAGUACGGAUGCCCAAAAAUAUAAUCUCUAAUAAAAAUGUUGCUGAAAUAUUUUCCAUUAUUUUUCUUGGCCCAGAUUUUAAUAGUGGCAGCCAAACCAACUCAUCCAGUGCCGUCGAAUCCCGAUGAUCCAGUGCAAAAGGAGUUGGAACGACAAGCCAAGGAGGAGACAGUCCAUCUCUUGAAUUCCCUGUUCCGUUCUCAGAUAGCUUUUUUCACGGAAGUGAAGGCCCAACUCGAUCCGCAAACGAAGCGAUCCCAGGAUAUCAGUCUUUAUGUGACGCGAUUAAACGCAGCCAUUGCAGAGGACGAUAUGGACAAAAAGGAUCAAAUGUGGCUGAACAUUUUCGAAGAGUUCAAAGGAUCCCCCUUACUGCUAAACAAGGAAUCUGAGACCGGUCUCAGCGACAAUCAAUACAAGGUCUUGCUUACUGCACAAAAACUACAAGAUAUUACUACUAAGUUCGUAGCCGAUGUGGCUGAUUAUUUCUGGAAAAUGACCAAGCUCAGCGGAAAAGUCGUUGGUAAUGGCAUAUCGGAUUUCAAACCUUAAGUUCCAAUAAACCACUGUUAAAUUAA